ACAACUGUUGUGUCGUUCAACAUGAAAGGUUUAGCGAGAAUAUGUUUUGCAUUAUUGGUGUUAUUCCAAUAUACACAAUGUUUGCCGAGAGUUGAUCCACUAGUUGAUACUAAGGUCGGCCUCAUACGAGGACUGAGAGCUGAUGAUGGAAACUAUUCCAAGUUCUUGGGAAUACCGUAUGCUCUAGUGAACCCUGACAAUCCAUUUGGAGAAUCAACUCCACAACCCAAGUUCGAAGAAACAUUUGAGGCGUACGAUGAUUCAGCGGUGUGCCCCCAAUGGUAUUGGUGGACUGAAGAGAUUGGCGGGAAUCCCGACUGUCUACAACUCAGCGUUUACGUUCCCGAUACUGCAAAUUCCAACAAUCGACUUCCAGUGAUGGUUUGGAUCUACGGAGGUGCCUUUGAAAGGGGAGAAUUUAGUCAAAAGUUGUAUAAACCAACUUAUUUGAUUAAGCAUGACGUCAUAAUAGUAGCAAUAAAUUACCGAGUGGGUCCUUACGGAUUCAUGUGUCUUGAUACACCUGAAGUACCAGGUAACCAAGGUCUAAAAGACCAAUAUUUGGCAAUGCAGUGGGUGAAAGAUAACAUAGAGGCAUUUGGAGGUGAUGCAGAUCAAAUUACAUUAUUUGGUUUGAGUGCUGGAGGACAUUCUAUAGACCUACAUCUGUUAUCACAAAAACCAGUGAUUUACGACAAAGUUAUAAUGCAAAGUGGAAGUUCUUUAGCCGCUACAGUGUUGUAUGAACCUGAUAAAUUAGCUCACAUCAAACUAGCACAACAUUUAGGCUUUGAAACUAAGGAUACAAACGAAGCUAUAUCAUUCCUAGCUAAAUCUGACUCAAAUUUAGUGAUCGCUGCUUUUAUGGAACUAGGUAUCGUUUUUAAACCUUGUGUAGAAAACAGUUUCGAUGGAGUGGAGCCCUUUUUAAACAGUUCUUGGGUUCAUGCUGGUACACCAAAAGUUAGGAACAUGCCAGUGCUAACUGGAUACAAUGAACACGAACUGGCUGCUCCUCAUUUCAACAAGGACGAGGAAUAUUAUAAGAACUUGAAUAUAAUAUCGAAUUAUUUGAAAAGAAUAUUUAAUUUUGACGAAGAAGAAUUACAAGAGAUGAGUGAUUCGGUUGCUCAUUUUUACUUUGGCGAUGAAGCGAUAAGUUCAGACGUGAAAAUGGCUUUGAUUAAUUUGGAUUCUGAUUUCACUUACAUUCAUCCUAUACAGCGAAGUAUCCAGAAAUACAUAGAAGCAAAGGCAAGGAACGUUUAUUACUAUGUUUUCACAUAUUUGGGAGGAAGAAAUGCCCUUCUGGAUAAUGGUGGUGGUGGAGAUGAUAGUAGUUAUGUUUGCUGUGCUGGACAUGCUGAUGAGUUACCGUAUUUGUUCAAUAUGAUCAACAAGCCACCACCAACAGCGCACGAUGAAGUUGUAAUUGAGCGUAUGACUACAAUGUGGACCAAUUUCGCUAAAUAUGGUGACCCAACACCGCAAACAUCAGACUUGCUACCAGUAAAGUGGGAGCCGUUGACAAAGGAAUCUUUCACUUAUAUGGACAUCGGCGCAGAACUUUCUCUGGGCAGCAGACCAGCUCAUGACAGGAUGGCUUACUGGGACCUGUUCUACAGACUGAAAGGAGACAAAAACAAAGUAUAAGUUACAAUAUUAAUCAAAUAAGUGUUACGAUCUUAUAGUAUUAUUAGAAUAAGUGUUAAAUAAAAAUCAUUUUUAAAAAAGGAAA